AUGAGGACCUACAUGUCUGACAAGAUAGACAUCCCACGGGACCAGAACCUCACAGAGCUGUUGCACACCACGGCCAGUGACAUCCCAGAUUCGCAUCUCAUCGCAAAGGACAGUCUCACGAACCGCAGCAUCACGCUCGGCGAGCUGCGCGAUCGAGCCGGCCGCAUCGCCAAUGGUCUCAAGUCCAAGCUAAGUCCACCGGACCAGGCGCGAUGGGCUCUCUCUCUGCCCAACAGCGUCGAGUUUCUCGAAGCCGUACACGCGAUCUUGUGGACCGGCGGCGUCGUCUGUCCCAUCAAUCACGCACUAAAGCCGACCGAGAUUGGUCAUGGACUCGCCGUGUCGAGGCCACAAUACAUCAUUGCCUACGGCCCAACUCUACCAGCGAUCCUAGAAGCCAUCAGGGUUGCGGCCGCAGAGUUAUCAGCACAAGGCGUGACCUGGCACAAGCCGCAAGUCCUGACGAUGAUCACCCGUCCCGACUCCCCGGAAGACAAGCUUCUGCACCUCCCUGACGACUUCUUUGCCGCCGAGAGACUGCCCAUCCCACAUUGGCCAGACACGACGAUCCGACUGGCCACGAUCCACCUCUCCUCUGGCACAACAGGCAAGCCCAAGGGCGUCGAGCUGACCCAUUUCAACUUUGUGGCCAACGUCCACCAACUUGUCGCCCAUGACACACUCUGCAACGACUCCGGCAGGCCACAUCGCCAUCCACUGAAGAAGCACUUCCACCCAGGCUCCCGCACAGUCGCAUUCACGCCGUGGGUCCACAUCGGCAACACCACGAUGCCGCUCUUCCUAGGCCCGUACACGGGCAUGUUCCACCACGCUAUGCCGUCAUACUCCCUGGCCGAGUUCGCGCGCCUCGUCGGCUCCGACCGCGCCACUUGCUUCCAAGGCGUGCCCUCUGUCGUCCUGCGCCUGGCCAACGACGCGGACGAGCUGACGCGGAAGCACGACUUUAGCCAGGCCCAGGUCAUCAACGUCGGCGGGGCGCCCCUGAGCGACGAGCUGGUCGGCAAGCUGUACUCGCGCGCGCCGUGGAGGCUGAACAACGUGUAUGGCAUGACCGAGGCCGCGGGGUACGUCGCGUAUCAGAAGUUUGGCGAGGUGUUGCCUGCAGGCGUGGUGGGGAAGUUGUUGCCCGGGAUCGAGGCUCGUCUGAUGGUCGAAGGGAAGGGGGAAGAUGCACCGCUCGGUGGGCCGGGAGAGUUGUGGCUCCAUGGCCCGAAUAUCACCAGGGGCUAUGCUUUCAACGAUGAGGCGAAUGAGAAGAACUUUCCGGAAAGGGGGUGGUAUAACACGGGCGAUGUGUGUACGAUUGACUCACAGGGACGGGUCAGUGUUGUCGGCAGGACCAAGGAGCUGAUCAAGUACAAGGGCUUCCAGGUCAGCCCGAACGAGUUGGAGGUGUACGUCAACGGGCAUCCGGAUGUAGUGGAAGGUGGUGUCGGGGCCACGUGGGACGAGUCCCAGCUGACGGAAUUGCCCACUGCUUGGGUCGUCCUGCAUGGUCGUUGCAAGGCGUUGUCAGAGGACAAGAGGAGAAGAGUGCUAAGGAGCAUUCAAGAGGGUGUCAAUACCAAGGUCAGUGGGUACAAGAAGCUGCGUGGUGGAGUCUGGGAGAUCAAGGCGCUUCCCAAGAACCCGACAGGUAAGAUUCUACGCAAGGCAAUGGGAGAGAUGAGGAAUGGCCUGUGCUCCCUCGACAGCCCGAUACAGGCGAAGCUCUAG